AUGUACCGGGCCUAUGCUAGGCUAGCAGACGCAGAGCAGGGACAUGGAACACCCGCUCCCGCCUUGCGCCUUGAAGCCGCCUUCUCUCACCUCUCGCUCGCUCAUACCACAAGCCUACCUGGUCCUUGCCAGUUUCGUCGGCCCAGAAAGGCCCAGUCGACAAGGCCUCUCUCAGAAACCAACAACAGCCAUCGUCUCCCACAAGCGGACCUAAACAGCAUCUUCUCCCAGGCAUUCGCUGCCCUACGUGCCAUGCCUCAGGUAAAGAGGUGUGGGUACUACCCGGAAAAGAGUGCGGCUACUGCGGCACGCCCUGCGGCUAAGCCAGCUCAUCCCCAAAUUCCCCCGAUAAGGAGUCAGUAG